UUCCUGACAAUCAAACCCUCUCUAUCCAUCUCCCCUCUCUCGAGCCAAUCCUUCAUAUAAAUCUUCCUCCUCAUAUAAAUCUCCGCUCCUUUCAAAAUCUUGCCGCUCUACUUCCCUGUUUUUCCCCAUCGGACUCCGUGGGAAUCUGGAAAUCCCUGCUUGAAGAAGCCCUAUAAAUCUAAAUCUUUAUCUUGAUUUUGAUUUCUGCUUCCGUAUCAUAAGGUCCGAUCUGUGGAAUAUUACUCAGAUUUUCUGUUUCCUGAGGGAGAAAGAGACAGAGAGACUCACUUGGAUCUUGAUUUAGUUUUUAGUUUGGGAAUACUAACAUUGGAAAGCGAUUCCGGGAUACUGACGAGGGAAAAGAAAAGUCGGCGAGAUAAAUGGCCGAUCAAGGGCUAGAAGGCAGUCAACCAGUCGAUCUUUCCAAGCACCCAUCUGGGAUUGUCCCAACUCUCCAGAACAUUGUGUCAACUGUCAACCUGGACUGUAAAUUAGAUCUUAAGGCCAUUGCGCUACAGGCACGAAAUGCAGAAUAUAAUCCAAAGCGUUUUGCUGCUGUGAUUAUGAGGAUAAGAGAACCGAAAACAACAGCAUUAAUAUUUGCCUCUGGAAAGAUGGUUUGUACUGGAGCCAAGAGUGAACAGCAGUCGAAAUUGGCAGCACGGAAGUAUGCUCGUAUUAUUCAAAAGCUUGGUUUCCCAGCAAAGUUCAAGGACUUUAAGAUUCAGAACAUUGUUGGCUCUUGUGAUGUUAAAUUCCCCAUUAGACUUGAAGGCCUUGCAUAUUCCCAUGGUGCCUUUUCCAGUUAUGAACCAGAACUGUUCCCCGGGUUGAUAUAUCGGAUGAAACAACCAAAGAUUGUGCUGCUUAUUUUUGUUUCUGGGAAAAUUGUUCUCACUGGAGCUAAGGUGAGGGAUGAGACUUACACUGCCUUCGAGAAUAUAUACCCAGUUCUUACUGAGUUCAGAAAAGUUCAACAGUGAUUCGGCAGGAGCAACUGGUGUAGCACAAGGUUUUGAGAUACGCUUUAUAUUCCGGAUGGCCGAAUCCCUGGGUGAACUGUAAAUAUAUGCAAGGAAUCUCUGUAUUCGCCUGAGAAUCCCAAGAAAAAAAGAAAGGAAGGAAGAAACUGGGACUUUUUGGUCCUGUGGCAGGUUUACUCUUGGCAAUUGUGUUUCUCUGUUGUGUAAUAAAGUUAAAAAUAUAAAAAUCAACUGAUGAGCGUCUUCAGUGUUGGAUUGGA